AUGGCCGUCCAGGGCAUCAAGACGAGCACGUCGCUCAACGGCUCCCACGAAGCUGCCCGCGACGACCCCCCCGGACAGCAGCGCCAAUGGCUCUACGACAACGACGACGACAACAACAGCCUCCCCGCCUGUCCGCCUCACACGACAGAGCGCAAGCUCAUUGCCCGCAUCGACAUGCGCGUCGUCCCCUUUCUCUGCAUCAUGUAUCUGCUCGCCUUUCUCGAUCGAGUCAACAUCUCCAAUGCAGACCUCUUUGACCUGUCUAAAGACCUUGGCCUCGGUACCACGGGCACCAAGUUCAAUACGGCCCUCGUCAUCUUCUUCGUCCCGUAUUGCGUCUUCGAGAUACCCUCAAACAUCCUGCUCAAGCGCUUCCGCCCUCACGUCUGGCUCUCUGCCAAUAUGUUUCUGUUUGGACUCACGACCGUCCUUCAGGGGCUCGUCCAAAACUACAGCGGCCUGCUCGCGUGUCGCUUCUUCCUCGGCCUCUUCGAGACGGGCAUGUUCCCUGGCGCCUUCUACCUCAUCGGCAUGUGGUACCGCCGCCACGAGGCCCAGAAGCGCUACUCCUUCUUCUUCAACAGCACAACACUCGCUGGUGCUUUUGGCGGUCUUCUUGCCGCCGCCAUUGGGAAAAUGAGCGGCUUGCGCGGGUUCAGCGGUUGGCGCUGGAUCUUCAUCGUCGAGGGCGGCCUCACCGUCUUCGUCAGCCUCUUCUUCUUCUUUCUCCUCCCCGACUUCCCCGAAGACUCGACUUGGCUCUCGGCCGAUGAAAAAGAAUACGUCACUGCCCGCCUCCGCCUCGACCAGGGCAGCGCCGCCGCGGAGCGCCCCAUCACCUUCCGCGACGUCGUCGACGCCCUGUCAGACUACCGAGUCAUCCUCGGCGGCUUCAUGUAUCUCGGGCUCAUCGUGCCUGCCUACGGAUAUGCGUACUUUUCCCCCUUCAUCAUCAAGGGCUACGGGUAUAGCCCAAUCGCGACCCAGCUGCACAGCGUGCCCCCCUGGGCCGUCGCCUUUGCCGUUUCCAUGCUCGUCGCCUACUUCUCCGACCGGCUCAGGCACCGCUUCGCCUUUGCCCUCGUCUCCAUCUUCCUGUGCAUCGCCGGCUUCGCCAUCCUCAUCGCCGUGGGCGAUCACCGCAACCUACAAUACGCGGCCCUGUUUCUCUACGCCACCGGAGCUUUCACUGCCAUGCCCAUCAUUGUCUGCUGGUUCAACAUGAACCUGGGCGGGCAUCACCGUCGCUCCAUCGGCAGCGCCUGGCAGGUCGGAUUUGGCAAUCUCGGCGGGAUAGUCGCCGUCUUCAUCUUCCAGAAAAAAGACGGGCCCAGAUACGUCCCGGGUCUAUCCGUGUCUCUCGGCUUUGCCGCCAUGGGCACCGUAGCGUGCUCUAUAUACGCCUGGGCCUGUUGGAAGGCUAACCGGAACCGGAGAAACGCAAGGGCUGGCGCGCAGGCGCUGUCCAAGGAGCAGAAGACGGCCAUGGGCGACAAGUCUCCUGAUUAUCGCUAUUUACUGUAA